AUGUCAGGGGAAGGCGCUUCCAGCCGGGCGGUGGGGCGGCGCAGCGCGUUGCAGUUAUUUGUGAAACCAUUUCAGGAUGAGCUACAAGAAGCAAUUUCUGCUGAUGCAGCAAGAGAGCAAACAGCUGAGUACUCAGAUGACUUUGAGAGUGAUGAAGAUGGCAUGUUAAACGGUAUUGGGGAAGAACUUAAUGAAAGUAAUUCAGGUGCUGAAAGCACUAAGAAAUCAGUUGCUGUUCAGAGUCCUCUCUCAGAUGAUGGUGCUUCACAAAAAGCAGCAGAUGUGGAAAAUGAAGCUGCUGAUGACAUGACUUUAUCCUUUCGUGAAAAGAAGCUUCAGCAAAUAAUGCUUUUAGAAAGUGAAAACAUACAGGAUGACAGAAAACACGGUGAAGAUGAAUGUUUGGAAAGACAAAAUGAGGGUGAUGACAGAAAAAAUAAUGAAGAAUGUUCAGCUGCUGAAGAAGUACCGUGUGAUAAUAGUGAAAGUGACCACUAUAAUGACUUGCCUAUUUGUGAACUACAGAAAAAAAGAAAUCAAGAGGAAAACAAACCAAUACCAAAGCCACGGGUGAACAAACCCAGAAAUGCUUCAGCAUCAGAUCAAGAUCAGAAAAUCAGCACCAGUGACUUGAAACUGGAGGACAACGGUAGAAAAUCCCCUUCUGUGAUAGAAGUAAUGAUGACCACAGUAUAUGAGAAAACAAAGAAAUUAGAGAUGUCAACAGGUGACAGUUCAGAUGAAAUGGUGAAAAUAGUGGAAGGGCAAAUAGUAACUGAUACCAUACAGAAGGUAUCAGUGGAUGAUCAAUCUGAGCAUGGGGAGGCAAAGAACAAUUCAAACAGCUCUGUCAAGGAACUAAGUGAAACAAAGGAGAGAGUUCUACAAAACCCAAAAGCUUCUUUAUCUGACAGGUCUCUGUCUUCUGUGCACUUGAAGAAAAAGGCAAAAGCUGUUGCAGCAGCUACACCUAUUUCAUCUCAAUAUCUGGGAACAUUAAAGGUGUUGGAGGAUAAACGCGUGCAGAAGAACAAUACCGAAUUUGACAAAGCAGAUAGUUUACGAGCAGCUGUUUUCCAGAAUUGGUUGGAAAAGAAAAGGGUCUUUCUACUGGAAUUAAAGAGAAUCGAAAAGAAGAAAGCUGAAAAUCUAAGGAACAGUACUGAAAAGAAAGAAACUGUUAAAAGAGAGGAAGCAAUUGCAUCUUUCGAAGCCUGGAAAAAAAAGAAAGGAAGAGAGGCAAAGAAGUUAAGUGAAAAAAACAAGCUUGAGGAACUUAAGAAAAAGAAAGCUGCAGAACAGAAUGAGGAGAAAACGGAAGCAGCACAGAAGGCAUUUGAAAAAUGGAAAGAAAGAAAAGCGGAAUAUUUAAGAGAGCAAAGCAGAAAGGAAAAACAGUCUGAAAGAAUCAGGAAGAAGAAAGAAGAGGAACUGGUUGCAGAGAAGAAGAGAGACAGCAUGUCAGCAGUUGAAAAAUGGAAUGAAAAAAAGGAAGAAUAUAUGAAACAGAAGAAAGUUGAAAAAAUCCUAGAGAGAAGAAAGCAAGAAAUACAACAGGCAAAGAAGGAAGAAAAAAAUAAAAAGGCUAUGGAGGAAUAUGAAAGAUGGCUGGAAAAGAAAGAGAGGAGAGAGCAGCUUGAGAAGAAGCAAAAGAAGUUGCAGGCUAUCCAUGGGAAAGAAGCACCUUCUCCCUGGAGUCCACCUGGCAAAGUCACGUAUUCAAGGAAUUACUGA